GCAAUGGAAAUCUUUUUCUUUACCUCAGUUCACUCAAAUAGAUUUAGUUUGGCAUUCUAACAUAUAGACAAAGUAUUAUAUAUUUGCUGUUUAGUUAGAAGGCAAGACCACAUGGCCCUUCAUGGGCUAUGUUCUAUUGCAGCAGCAAACUAUUUUGGCCUCUCAUUAACAUGUUAAGAGGACACUUCUUUAUCUAUCUAUCUAUAUAUAUAACCACACAUUCAAUCCAAAAGCAACAGAUCGAAAACUUAAUAACCUUUACUUACACAUAAAAUUAACCAUCUUCUGUUUCUUGAUUCUUUCCCACUGAACCACAAUGGCUAGAUAUCUGUCUGCUGUUCUUGCCAAGCAAAUUCUGCGUGGCUCAGCAAAUAAAGCAUCUUCAAGGUAUUCAAAUGUACCAAAAGGUUUCUUAGCAGUUUAUAUUGGAGAGACAGAAAAGAAGCGAUUUUUAGUUCCUGUGUCUUAUCUAAAUGAGUCUUCAUUUCAAGAUUUGCUAAGUAGAGCAGAGGAGGAAUAUGGUUUUGAUCAUCCCAUGGGGGGUUUGACAAUUCCAUGCAGAGAAGAUACUUUCAUUGAUGUCAUUUCUAGCUUGACUAAAUCAUAAGAGAAUUCAAAUUAGUCUAAUCAAUGAAAACAAUUUUGCAAAGCCAAUUGGUCAAAUCUUUGUAAAUACUUUCUUUGCAAUAGAAUGAGAAAGAUUAUUACAUAA